AUGGCGACAAGCUCUUCCGCCAACCAGAACCCAUAUGAUGACUAUCUGGGCCCUCGUGCAGACCCCGACCUCAUCGACCCAGAUGACUUGGAUAUUAAUGACCUCGACGACCCUCUUGAAAACGAAACCUCUGAUCGACAACCCCUCACUGCAGCUGCGCGUAAUGUCACGAAUGCCGUCCCCGGUGAAGACCGCCGCGCACCAGUAGAUACAAUCGACGAGUCUGUGUGGGACACCGUAUCUCGCGACCUUACGGCGAUAUGGGAGAAAACGAAACAGGUGCUUUGGCCAAAGUUCACGUGGAAAAAGUGGCCAGAUGCGGAUACGGUUUUGAAUAGUAACCAGGCCGAUGAAAUUCGGGAUUGGGAUUUAUGGGGACCAUUGCUUUCCUCACUUCUACUUUCGUUGCUCCUAUCCAUCGCCGCCUCGAAUGAGCAAACAACCAAUGUCUUCUCUGGUGUUUUUGCAAUCGUCUGGAUCGGUGAGGCCAUUGUUACGCUCCAAAUCCGUCUGCUCGGCGGAAAUAUCUCCUUCUUCCAAUCCAUCUGCGUAAUCGGCUAUACCCUCUUCCCACUCGUCGGUGCUGCCCUGCUAUCUGCUGUAAAGCUACACCCUGUGAUAAGAGUCCCGCUAUACGCCAUCUUCUUCCUAUGGAGUCUGGCAGCAGGUGUUAGCAUCCUAGGCGGGAGCGGGGUAGUCAGAAACCGGGUUGCGCUGGCAGUAUUCCCGUUAGGAUUGUUCUAUUUCUUGUUAAUUUGUCUUUGUUUAAUUAGUUAG